UAUAUUGGCGCACUUCUAUCGAAUUCGAAAAAGCAAUGAACACGUUUAUUUUUGCUGUGUUUUAUGCAAACUAUUUCAAAUAAAAUAUCUCGACUUUAUUCAUUGCCCAAAAUCGGAGUUAAUGUUUCAUUUUCGUUUAUUGCAUUGCAUGUUUAUUACUUGGUUUCUACAAAUACUAUGCAUCACAUCAAUUGUUUUCUUCUUCAUUCAUUAUUCACAUUCUUACUUCAAUCAUAUCUACUUUAUCCUUCCAUUUUUCAACUAAUGGUGUGUUUAUUUGUUGUCUGUUAUUCUAUAGAAUUUGUGUUUCUAUGUAUAUUUGUAUGUGCCUACAUUCAUGUAGUUCAAAAUAUUUUAUUUCAAAUCGUUACAUUUAAAGACUUGUAUGGUCAUCACUUUUUCUCUUUAAAAUAUAUUUUUUAAAAGUUAAAACGUUUCUGGGCCCCCAAAUUUUUUCUAAUUUUCAUUCUUUUCUUUUUGUAUUACAUGUUUAAUUAACUUUCCCUCUUAUUAUCAGUGCUCAUUUACCUCCCAUUAUUACCAAUGUUAAUUUUUAUGCGAUCAUUUUGUGUAAUAAAAAAACUAAAUGAAAGACAGCAGUUAUUUUUAUUUUUAUUUAUUAUUAUUAUUUUUGUUGUUGUUGUUGUUAUGACCUAAAGCAUGAUUAAUUAUACCCUUUGAAUUAUCCAAUGCUUUCUCAAUCUACCUACACAAAUAUCAUUAUAUGUGUGUAUUUUUCAUAUUGUAUAGUACAUAAAUUACAAAUGUAAAUGGAUUAUUUGUUUAAUUAUGGUGUCCUUUCUCCUUCUCAUCAAAUUUGAAACCUG